AUGGAGGAUAAGGACGUCUUUCAGAAAUUCUACUCGAAUAUGCUUGCUCGCCGUCUGGUCAAUGGCCUCUCCAUCUCCGAUGAUACCGAGGUUUCCAUGAUCUCAAGGCUAAAGGGUGCUUGCGGUUUCGAGUACACAACAAAGCUGCAACGCAUGUUCCAGGAUGUUGGCUCCAGUCGUGACCUCAACAUUAAAUUCUCGGAGUAUCUGAGCGAAAACCCCACUUCUCAAAGCCUGCUAAAAGGCGUUGACUUUACUAUCAUGGUGCUCAGUUCGAAUGCAUGGCCCUUCCAAGCGCAGACAGCAUUUGUAAUUCCUCCAGAGAUAAAACAACGCACGUUGCAAGCAGAUAAAGCUGCGAAAAACCUCGCUCACUGCUUUGAGGUGUUUACCACCUUCUACCAGCAACAGCAUAAUGGACGGAAACUCUCCUGGUGCUAUCACCUCUCUCGUGGUGAUGUUGUGACUCACUACACAAAGUCCCGGUAUACAUUUCAGGUUCGUUACUACACCACCUUAACAGAACAUCUCACAGUUUGUGGUAAACACGCAACACAGUUCGACCGUCGUAACCGAUGA